AUGUUACAUCAUGCACCGCGCACCGUGCACGCAACCCUCCUCUCCUCGUUGCGACCCUCCCCACCCUCUCCUUCGCCAUUCCUUCCUCGCGCUCAACGGAUACACCCUCUCCGCGCCCGGACUGCAUCACCCCGAACUCACCUUCCUCUGUCUUCCCCGUCCUCCGCUCCACUCCACUCCACCAUCCCCAAACUCCUCCUUCCCCAUCCCACCCCAACCAUUCCACUCGCCUUGAGCACAAACCCCCUUUGCCUCCACCUGCCCCUUCGCAGUCCAUUCCCCUUCCCCAGCCACCUCUCUAACGUCACUACAAUGCAUCGCAUAACGGUGUAA